UGGUAACAAUGGAUCGGCCAUUUUGAAACUACAAAGUUGCCUUCAUUGAAAUACCCAACGUUGGCCUCUUCCAUUUGCAUCUUGGACUCAGAAUGUCCCAUCGAAAAUUCAGUGCUCCUCGCCAUGGAUCUAUGGGAUUCUAUCCCAAAAAAAGAUCCCAACGUCAUCGUGGAAAAGUCAAGGCUUUCCCAAAGGAUGAUCCAAGCAAACCCGUUCAUUUAACAGCUUUUAUUGGUUACAAAGCUGGUAUGACUCACGUGGUUCGUGAAGCUGAUCGUCCUGGAUCAAAGGUCAAUAAGAAGGAAAUCGUAGAAGCUGUAACAAUAAUUGAAACUCCACCAAUGAUUGUUGUUGGAGUUGUUGGUUAUAUCGAAACUCCACAUGGUCUUCGAGCACUCACCACUGUUUGGGCUGAACAUCUGUCUGAAGAUUGUCGCAGACGAUUCUACAAGAACUGGUACAAGAGUAAGAAGAAGGCUUUCACAAAAGCAAGCAAGAAAUGGCAGGAUCCUUUGGGAAAAAAAUCAAUUGAGAAGGAUUUUGCUAAAAUCAUCAAAUACUGCAAAGUCGUUCGCAUUAUUGCUCAUACUCAGAUGAAACUCUUGAGACAAAGACAGAAAAAAUCCAACAUCAUGGAAAUUCAAUUGAAUGGUGGAACUAUUGAAGAAAAAGUUAAAUGGGCUUCAGAACAUCUAGAAAAACCGAUUGCGAUUACCAAUGUUUUUGCUCCUGAUGAAAUGAUUGAUGUAAUUGGUGUUACUAAAGGAAAAGGAUACAAAGGUGUUACUUCACGUUGGCACACAAAGAAAUUGCCACGUAAAACUCAUAAAGGUCUGAGAAAAGUUGCCUGUAUCGGAGCUUGGCAUCCCAGUAGAGUAUCAUUCACUGUAGCCCGUGCUGGUCAAAAGGGUUACCAUCAUCGUACAGAAAUGAAUAAAAAAAUCUACAGGAUUGGACAAGGAAUUUACGCUGCAGAUGGACAGAUUGUGAAAAACAAUGCAUCAACUGAAUACGAUUUGACCGAAAAAUCUAUUACACCAAUGGGAGGAUUCCCUCAUUACGGUGAAGUCAACAAUGACUUUAUCAUGAUUAAAGGUUGUUGUAUGGGACCUAAAAAGCGAGUUAUUACCCUUCGUAAGUCUCUGCUUGUACAUACUAAACGCUCAGCAUUGGAGAAGAUCAACUUGAAAUUCAUCGAUACAAGCUCCAAAUUUGGACAUGGUCGCUUCCAAACUGCAGCCGAUAAGGCUUCGUUUAUGGGAUUACUUAAAAAAGAUCGUGUCCGUGAGGAACAAGCACAAGCUGCUGCUGCUCCAGCCACAGCUGCUGGUCAAUAAUUUUUUUCUAUUGUGUAUCAUCUUACAAUCGAUAGAAAAUAAAUUACCAAAAAUAUAA